AUGCAAGGAACGCUGCCGAAGAAGGAAGAGGAUGUAGAGCGCGUCGCCCGGCAAACCACGGCAUACUCUAUCCAGGAUGGUGAGUUGUACAGGAAGCGACCGAACGAUGUUUCGCUGCGCUGCAUUUCCAGUGACCAAGGAAAGGAGUUGCUGGUUGACAUACACGAAGGGGACUGCGAACACCACUCGUCGUCACGGACUCUCGUCGGCAAGGUGUUCCACAGUGGAUUUUACUGGCCCACGAUGCUCAACGACGUGGCCGAGUUGGUGAAGUCCUACGAAGCUUGCCAGUUCCACGCCAAGCAGAUACAUCAGCCAGCUCAGGGCCUCUAG